CCCAGGAAAGCUUGAAGGCAGAUAGACUCGCGUCUCUAAGACAUACACAUAAUAUAGCCGCAGCCGCGGCGGCCUUACUUUCCCGGAGCUGCAUCCCCUUUUGGGCAAAGAGAUGAGGCGACCAGGGUCUACCCUAGGUGAAAGGGCAGCCACCUGGCCCUACCCGGGCUCUACGCAGAGCCUCUCGGAGGAGGUACGGCCUCCCGGGGACCUUCCAGACUGGUCGGCGCAUCAGCGACGCAAGCGAAGGGCGGGGACCUCCGAAGGAGUGUGUUACUUAGACAUCCAGCGCACUGCCUGACCCGAAGUACCGACCCGAGUUAUGCCCACCCUCCAACUUUGCGAUGGAAAUGUGUCAUCGAAAGCCAGGUACACCAGGGGUUGGAAAAACUACACUAGGCAAAGAACUUGCGUCAAAAUCGGGACUGAAAUACAUUAAUGUUGGUGAUUUAGCUCGAGAAGAGCAGUUGUAUGAUGGCUAUGAUGAAGAGUAUGAUUGUCCCAUCUUAGAUGAAGACAGAGUAGUUGAUGAGUUAGAUAACCAAAUGAGAGAAGGUGGAGUUAUUGUUGAUUACCAUGGUUGUGAUUUCUUCCCUGAACGCUGGUUUCAUAUAGUUUUUGUGCUGAGAACAGAUACCAAUGUAUUGUAUGAAAGACUUGAAACAAGGGGUUAUAAUGAGAAGAAACUAACAGACAAUAUUCAAUGUGAGAUUUUUCAAGUUCUUUAUGAAGAAGCCACAGCAUCCUACAAGGAAGAAAUCGUGCAUCAGCUGCCCAGUAAUAAACCAGAAGAGCUAGAAAAUAAUGUAGAUCAGAUCUUGAAAUGGAUUGAGCAGUGGAUCAAAGAUCAUAACUCUUGACUUAUAAGGCUAGCUACUUUAUAAUCUUGUUGAUAUCUCUGCUGACAUCAUAGAAAUUGUUCAAGUAUCAGUAACACUUGAUUAAAAUCAUGUUGCAGGACUAGCAGGUGGAUAGUAUAUAGGUUUAUGCCUGUGUUUCUUUUUCUCCAUGAGAAAGCUAAACAUCUGAAAUAUAAUGAAUAUAGUAUUAUUAAGGAUUGAGACAAAAACUGUGAUUUUAAUACUUAAAUUGCUAAAGAAUAAAUAAAUCUAACAAUGGGUGGAUAUCUUUUAAGUUUAUUACAGAAAAGCAGAUGAUCUCUUCAAAUAAAACUAAAGAAAAAGCAA